GGCAGCUGCGGCGGACAUGGACCCACAUCUAUAUAAAAGCGCCUAAAAUGAGGCCCUUAUAUGUUAUUUUGACAGUAGGAACUUUAGUGAGCAGCGGGUCUCUACUGGCGCUGAUACUCUACUUUGUUUUAUCCUCCACGUCGACGCCUGCAGAGGAUUGGCAGAGAGCUACAUCAAUUUAUGACUUUAAUGUCACUGACAUCGAUGGUAACGUGAUCUCCCUUGAGAAGUACAGGGGUUAUGUUGUCAUCAUCACCAACGUUGCCUCUAAAUGAGGUAAAACUCCUGUAAACUACUCUCAGUUUGCUAAGAUGCACGCUAAGUACGCUGAGAGAGGUUUACGCAUCCUUGCCUUCCCCUCCAACCAGUUUGGGAAUCAGGAGCCGGGCAAUGAGACUCAGAUCAAGCGUUUUGCUGAGUCCUAUGAUGCCCAGUUUGACAUGUUCAGUAAGAUCGAGGUGAACGGCGAGAAUGCUCACCCGCUGUGGAAGUGGAUGAAGGAGCAGCCCAAUGGGAAGGGAACCUUUGGAAAUAGCAUAAAGUGGAAUUUCACCAAGUUUUUGAUCAACAGAGAGGGGCAGGUGAUGAAAAGAUAUGGACCCCUGGAUGAUCCGAGUGUGGUGGAGAAGGAUCUUCCCAAAUACCUUUAACUGCCCCCAGUCCUUCCCUAACAACGAAUGCUCCACAUAUUCUGUCGCUUCCUUUCUUUCCUCUGCAUCUCCAAACGCUGGUUCAUACGGUAAAGGUCCACCUCAGACCAGUGACGGCCUGUUCCAAAACCCGCAUGGCGGACAGGACAGACCUGAUGAAAACGGCGUGCAAACCUUCUGAGGGGACCCCACAGCUGAUUAUGAUCUGGUUCGUUGGAGAGAAGGAGAAAGUUUCCUGAGCACAUCAAGAAUCAAUAUCCCACAUAAAAUUUUGCUUUUGUUUCCCAAAUAAAAUUCACUGAGA